CUCCCCUCUCUCCCCAGGUUCCCUCUGCCUGCUGAAAGCCAUGCCGAAGGUCGUGCCGCCCAAGUUUGAGCACCCCGGGCUCACAGGCAAACCGGGAUAAUGCUGCAUUCAUCCAUCCAAGACACGGCAACAUCGUCGGCCCUUCCUUCCUUGUGUGUGUAUGGCUGCAGGUCCUCUUCCCUAUGACCCCUCCCCCAGUUGUGAGCAAGAACACACAAGGCCCUCACUCGUUCUUUCUCCACACAUCCUGGCAUUCGCCCUGUUUGCAGCCCGGGGUCAGAUGGUGGGUUCGCCGCGCGUGGGGCCUCUGGAGAACGUGGAGCUCGUUGAGGCCCUCAAGUAGGUCUUUUUGCCAUUGGGGGGAAUGGACACAAACGACUUAUCGGUCUGUCUGCGUUGCAGCACGUGGCGCAACAAAAUCGAUAACAAGUGACCGGCUGACGCGACCAUUCUCUUCCCAUUUUCCUUCCCAUUCUCUUACUUACACCCUAUGUGUGUUGCAGGUACCACAACAUCCGUGAGGCGUUCAAGUAAGCAGCCAUGCCGGCCCCCCAUACGCCAGCCAUCGCAUCGCCCCAUUCCUCCAUCCACGUGUGCGCAGGCAUUUGAAGGGCAAAUACGACGGCUACAUGACGUACGAGGACUUCUCACACGCCGUGUCCCUGGUGCUGGGCGAGCUCUCUCGACCCUCUCUCAUAAGAGACCUCUUCGAGCUCUUCGACCAAGACAAAGACGGGGUCGUCUCCUGGCCGGUCAGCCAGAUCACACGCAGCGGAGGCGGAGGGCCUGACACGAUUGAUGUCACUUGUCUGUUCGCCUCUCCCUGCAGGAGUUUCAGGACAUGACGGCCACGACUGGGUGUGGGUUGAUUGACCGCUUCAGACCAAGAUGGAUCACGCCCCCCAAAGACGGGGGAUUCCUCGACAUAGAGACUGGUGCAUCCAUCGCCCACAAACAAGAGCAUUGGAAUCAUGUCUCUCUCUGCGUGUGCCUGGCGGUGUUGUUUGGUUGUUUCUUUGGUUGCAUUCAUUCAGCGACGAUAUUGUUGUGGUCCAAGAUACACGAGCGGUUCAUGAGCAUCCAGUCGGCCUACCUGGGAUUCAACGACAACCUCGACGCGAAAAUAGACGAACAAGUGAGGAGCUCAAUACAUGCAGAGAGGGACAGUCAGUUAAGGAGACAUACAUGUGUGGAUCAAAUGGAGUGUGGGCGUGUGUUUGUUUCUGCCUUCCAUGCCAUCGAUGGGGGGGUGCCUGCAGGAGUUCCACGCAUUCCUUCAGAAAUGCGGCAUCUUCAUGCGGGUGAGCUGGUUGACGGGUGGGUGUCUGUCUGUCUGGAUUGUUAUGUGCCACUCGCUACUUGUGUGGCCGUCCGUGGUCAGCCUGAAGACGAGGAGAAGCUCUUCGCCAACCUGGUGAGCAAACCAACCAGGCACCUGUACUCAUUCAAUGCACGCCACACCCCACCCACAUGUGUGUGUGUGGUUGUGUGCAGGACUACAACAAUGACGGCAAGAUAUCGGUGCGGGAGUUCUACGACUCAUUCAAGAAGGAGGCGCACCCCAAGGGAAUCGCCAUGUGAAGGAAGGCUUCUUCCCUCCCAUCAUCCAUACACCAUACACUGAUUGCACGUCCUGGUUCGUUUCAUUUCGCCUGCCUGCCAAGUGAAGUCAGCUGGGCUGAGAGUGGUUUGUUGUUUGCAGCAGUGAGGAGCUUGUUUGGUGAGGGAAAUAUGACAUGAGCAGCUAGGAGAGAGGAACAAGUAGGGGAUGACAUGGAUGGAUGGAUGGGGAUAUUUCUGGUGAGCCGAGUUUCCAACGAGCGACCGAUCGAUCAUUGACCGAAGACAUCCGAUCCGAUGGAUGAACACACACGCUCUCUGAC